AUUUUGCUCGAUUUUCCCAGUAUAUCACUCAACUCUGCAUUCUGUACUUUGAGCGAACGUCCUGAAAUUCUGAUUCUCCAACAUGCCUCACCAGAUGAACUCGAAGGUGUCCUACGCCAAAGCAACCCUCCCCUAUCCCGUAUUUGCGGCGGACUUCGACCCCUACAAUCGCGGCUAUCUUGUGGUCGGAGGUGGAGGCGGCGAGAGCAAAACCGGUGUGCCGAACCAGAUCUCCGUCCUCGAUAUCUCCAACCGCGCAUCCAUCUCCACCGCCGCUGAAGUGGAACUGUCGCGCGACGAGGACUCGGUGCAAUCGCUCGCCAACCUCGCGACCAAAGACGGCUUAAUAGUGUUUGCGGGCAUCAAUGGCUCCCAAGCGAACCAGAACGCCGGCAAGAACGAGCAUCUUCGCUCCUUCGACGUCAAGUAUCCGCCGCGCAAAAAGCAGAGGACCGAGAAGGAUGGCGCUGAACCGAAAGGGGAGAUCAAGCAGAUUGGCAAACGGUCACUCUUCCGUUCCGCGAAGGCGGACAAGAGCGAGACUUACCAGCGCAUACUGCGACUCUCACCCGCGCACAAGCGGGAGUCGGGCAGCAAGCGCAUUGGUGCAGUCGCAACUGGCAUGGCUAAAAGUAACGAGAUCGUUGUCUUCAGUGCGACAAGCGCUACGCCCAGCGACUCAGACGUUAUCGCUCGGAUUGAUCUCCCCGAAGACGCCGAAGCGACAGACUUGGACAUCGUCGAGACUGACGAGUCUGUCUUCUCCAUGGCAUACUGUACCGACUAUGACAUCUACGAGCAAAGCUACAAGUACAACUUCGGUUCGAAGAAGGUUGAGAAGACGCCUAACGGGCCUCGGCGUGUGCAGUCAAUGCCAUACCCUGACGCCAAACAGGACCCGAAGUCGCGAUCAAAGUACCGCUGCUUGCGCUUCUUGAACGGACAGAGCCUGGUGGCGCUUGCGAACAAGCCGAACAAGAGUGGCGCGGAGCUACAGAUCAUCCAUCUCUACCCUACGGGUCCGGCAUCCAUUCAGCUGCAGAAGACUCUGCCCUCACACAUACGUCAGUCAGUGAGUAUGGAUGUGUGCGCUCUUGAUGCGGACAAGAAUGGAAACUGUCAGGUCAUAGUCGCCAUCGCCAGCCAAGAUAUCAGUAUUGAGGUCUAUGUUACCAACUACCAGGCUGCGACCGACACAUUCUCGCCGUUCAAGCACUACCUUAUCCUGCGAGAUGUCCAUCAGCAUCAAAUGACCAAGAUCUGCUUCUCGCCCUUCCACUCACCUUUGCGUGCAGAGGAUCCCGAGAAUGGCGCAAAGGAUGCGAGCGGUAAGGAGCCGCCGCGAAAGGCCGAAACGAUGAUGCACCCAGGACCGCAAUAUGUCCGCUUGGCUUCGGUAUCCUACGGCAAUACGGUUGUGGUUGACACAUUCCCACUGUCGCCUUUCGAGCCGAAAGACAAGCACAGCCGCUAUGUGCUCAACCACCCCAGCGACGAGCGCUUCACGCAGAUCUCGUUCAUUGUCGUUAUCUCGUUGGUCGUGCUUGUUGCAGCCUUCUUGAUACAGUCAUUCACGACUGGCUUCUCCAGCGACUGGGUUGGCCCAUUUAGUCUACUGCCACGCGACGCUCGCGAGUUGCUUGACAGGCCUGCAAGUGCAGCCGCUGGCUUCGGCAGAGGCAUGCAGCACACGGUCUCGUCCGUCGUCGAGUCUGCGGUACCUUCUGGGAUGCCGGGCAAAGGCCGUUUGCAGGAAUUACUUGCCGCUCAUGGUACUUCACCAGACGCGCAACAGAAGGCGCUAGUGAUUCGAGACGGUAAUGAGGGCACUGAUGUGUCUGUGGAUGUGCAUGCGGACACGGAAGAGUAUCUGAAGCGAGAUACCAAGGCCAAGCGCUGGCACGAGCUUGAUGAGCAGCAGAAGGCGAGCUGGAAGCAGAAGCUCAUCAGGGCUGGUCGGUGGGCGGAGAGUGAAGGCGAGAGUGUGCUUGUGAGCGUGCUAUUCAGCGAGUACGCUGGGUUAGUCGGACAGGUUGCUAGGGGUGUCCUGAAUGGCUGAUACUGUGGCUGUACCUAGGUGAUCAACAUCUUGAUUGCGCGCCGCUUAUGCUUAUGAAUCUCGGGUUCAACCCUCCUCCAGAGCCCUUUGUUGAUCGAAGCUUUUCCUUGUCGAGCCAGCAGAUCGUGCUGAGCGCCAUGUAGA